GUACCACACGGAGGUAUUUCAGCAGGAGCCGGAAGUGAGUUAAAGUUGUGGCAACGCGCGGAAUAGCUGAAGUUCUGAGUUAAUUUAGUAUUUGUGGAAGAUUUGUGAGUUUAUUCAGGUAAACAUGGCGUCUAAACGUAAAUGUGACGCCACGGUUCCUGCGGAGGAAAGUGACCAACUGCUCAUCCGCCCGCUAGGAGCAGGACAGGAGGUGGGACGGUCCUGCAUCAUCCUGGAGUUCAAGGGACCAAAGAUUCUGCUGGACUGCGGGAUCCAUCCUGGUCUGGACGGGAUGGACGCUCUGCCGUACAUCGACCUGAUCGACCCGGCUGAAAUUGACCUGCUGCUCAUCAGCCACUUCCACCUGGAUCACUGUGGAGCUCUGCCCUGGUUCCUGCAGAAGACCAGCUUUAAAGGACGCACCUUCAUGACUCACGCCACCAAGGCCAUCUACCGCUGGCUGCUGUCCGACUACGUCAAAGUCAGUAAGACCAGGACCCAGAGUCACAUCAGACUCCCAUACUACAGGGACCUGGACUCACCAGGACAGGAUAUGAUGUACUGUGUUUAAUAUUCUUCUGUGUAUACCAUGUGGA